AUAAAGGUGACGGCUGCACACUGAAGCGGAAUAAAAGGUGUCAUCUGCUAAAAAUCGAGCCCCGCACCCUUGAGACCGUUGAGACAAGCCCCUCCUCCUCGGAUAAGGAGUCCGCCCGCAUCCGCCCGCGCGCUUCCCCCUCCCGCGGCCCUGUGGAGGGAAUCGGUCCGAUCGCUACCUUCGGCUCAGCGCGGACGACUCUUCAGUGCCGUGCUCCGAGUGUAGCCGACAUCCACGCGACGUCUGUUGCCGCUAGUCACCACCGGCUCGAAGACCCAUCGGUUGAAUCAACGCAUUUCCUCCCAGGCCCCAUCGCCAACUGCGUGAAGAGCCUUCGUAACACUUCACUGUUACGCAGACGAUUCUACACCGCUGCAGGCUUCUGAUCACCGCACGGUCCCCCUGCCACCAUACCACAGACCAGACUCUCAGACUGCUUUCGUGUUCUGCCUGCUGUCCAUCUUGAAGGAACGCAAGGCGGCCGCAUUGGAUAUUUCUUAACUGAUCUCCAAAUUUUCAUCAUGGCCCACCCGGAAGAAAUGUCUUUCAGAUGCACAGUCUGCAAUUCGUGCUUCAGCCGCAGGAGUAGUCUCUUGACUCACCUCGAAACGCACAUUGAAGAGAUGCAAUCGGAGAACAAGGAGAUCGGUAACAAUCAGAAUCUCAAGACACAUCUUGAAUCAGGCGACAGGAGCAACUUAUUCCAAUGCAAGGGUUGUAAAAUGGCGUUCAGUACAGGACGUGGACUUGCAAGCCAUCGUAAGUCCCAUACUGAGGAUAAGCUUUCCGGGUGUACUAUUUGCAACAAGAUGUUCAAAAAACGUUAUCUGACCGCUCAUCUUCGAACCCACACAGGUGAGAAGCCUUACGAAUGCUCAGUUUGUAACAGGUCAUUUAGACACGAUUCUAAUUUGAGGAGUCAUCUUGCAACCCAUAAAGAUGAAAAGCCGUUUGAGUGCGCGGUUUGCAAUAAGAAGUUGCGUACUAGUUUCUCUCUCAGACUUCAUUUAAGGACUCACACUGGGGUAAUGCCUUACGAGUGCACAGUCUGCAAGAGGAGCUUCAGGCAACGUCCUCAUCUUGUUAUGCAUCUCAGAAUUCAUACAGGGGAGAGGCCCUACGGGUGCACGUUUUGCAACAAGAAGUUUAGUGAUAAACGGAAUGUCGAAGUUCAUGAAAGAAUUCACACGGGUGAAAAGCCCUACGAGUGCUCAGUUUGCCACAAGAAAUUUAAUCAGCAUCCUCAUCUCACAGCGCACCUUAGGUACCAUAGCGGGGAGAAGCCCUUUGAAUGUUUGGUUUGCCACAAGAAGUUUGGUCAGGUUGGCGAAUUUAGACUCCACAUUAGGAUCCAUACUGGCGAGAAACCUUACGAGUGCACAAUCUGCAACAAGAAAUGCAGUCAAAGUAGCAGUCUCAGAGUUCACCUUCGAACGCACGCGAAGAAAGUCUAAAACGCCAUCUUGGAACUCACGUAUGAAAGAAGACCCUGGAGUGCGUAGUUCGCAAUGUGAUGAUGUGUCCUGGCAAAGUCUGUCUAAGAAGCGAUUCAGAAGUUAUCGUAACAGCGGAGAGGAUGAGUCAUGACUCGAUAUAACAGGAACGGACGCUUGUUGUGGUUUGUUUGAUUAUUGGUGCAAUUUUAGACAUGUCAGACACUUCUAUAACUAAACUAAAUCAUGUCGAGACAAAGUUUUGGUAGCAAAACUUAUAGAAUUGAUACCUUCGGGGAGUUUUGCUUACGGCUUGGAUACUGUUAAACUGACAUUGAUGUUUUCUGGAUACA